ACUCUACGUUUCCUUCGCCUUUUGUUGUUUCCGAUGCACAACCCAUUCCGCUCCCUCGUGAACGCCAUUGUCUUGGACUAAAUCCCCCUCCGUCUUCCUAUGUUUUCGAUUUUACAUGUUUUGCGGAGCCAAUCUUCCAUCAUGUGGGAGACGCGUGAGGGAAUUGGAUUCUUUGAUUUUGAAUCCGGCUUUCUGAGAAGCUUGUGAUUUUCUUCCUUCUGGUUAACUAUGGAGAUGGACAAGCACGCGAAGGAAUUGGAGGUGGCCGUUAGAGUGGUCCACGUGGCAUGUGCUCUCUGUGGGAGAGUGCAGGAGCGGCUGCUCUCUGCGAGUGAUGAUCACGUUAUGUCCAAGGACGAUGAUUCUCCUGUGACUGUUGCAGACUUGAGUGUUCAAGCAACUAUCAGUUGGUUACUAUCAGAAAUUUUUGGGAGUCAAAAUGUGUCAAUUGUUGCUGAGGAAGAUACAGAAAUUAUCUCCAAAGAUGAUUCAGCAGGUCUGCUGGCAGCUGUUGUGGGCACUGUCAACGAAUCUUUAGCCUCAGCACACAGGUAUGGUCUCCGAAGUCCAGAGACAACUCUUGGCACUGCGGAAGUUCUUGAGGCCAUUAGGCGUUGUAACUCAAGUGGAGGCCCUGGUGGAAGACACUGGGUUCUUGACCCUGUUGAUGGCACGUUAGGGUUUGUACGUGGGGAUCAGUAUGCUGUAGCCUUAGCUCUGGUUGAGGAUGGAGAAGUUGUUCUGGGAGUUCUUGGGUGCCCUAACUACCCAGUGAAGACAGAAUGUCUUGAUUAUCAUUACCAGAAUCAUCAAACGAAGUCAAAUUUAGCCUCUGCUAUUCCAGAAGCAUGGGGAAAAGGGUGUGUGUUGUAUGCUAGUAAAGGCAGUGGCAAGGCAUGGUUGCAGCCAUUAAUUGCUGGAGAUAGUAUUCUAGAAUGGCCGAAUUAUGCUCGACUUAUUCAGGUUUCUCCCAUAGAUGAUCCAGCAUUAGCAACUCUAUGUGAACCAGUGGAAAAAGCAAAUUCUAACCAUUCCUUCACAUCUGGGCUUGCUCAGAGCGUGGGAGUUAGGAAACAGCCAAUGCGGGUGCACAGCAUGGUGAAAUAUGCGGCAAUAGCUCGAGGAGAUGCCGAGAUAUUCAUGAAAUUUGCAAGGUCAGGUUACAAAGAAAAGAUAUGGGACCAUGCUGCUGGUGUUGUGAUUGUGGAAGAGGCUGGUGGUGUGGUGACUGAUGCUGGAGGGCGCCUUCUGGAUUUCUCAAAGGGAAUGUACUUAGAAGGGCUUGACAGAGGCAUAAUUGCAUGUUCUGGGGUCACUCUUCAUGAGAAACUCAUUGCAGCUGUUUAUGCUAGUUGGGACUCCUCAAAUUUAUGAGUCCUUUUUUUGGCUUGAUUAUAAAAGGUUUUAGGUGAGUUCAACCAAAGGUACUUACUAGAGGCAAAUCAAGUUUCAUGACGUAUAGGUAUUUAUAGGUUAUUCAUCAACAAAGUUCACACUUUUGCGAAGGCAUAAGAUGCUUCCUUAUCGAUCGGACAAGGACCAAUCCUCACUAACUUGAUUAGUCCUUUUCCAACAGAGUCACGAAACUUCAGCUUUUGAGGUAAUCUGGUUCAUAUUCUGGCUUAUUUAUCCUUCUCUCUAUUUUAACGAGAAGAAGCAAUUCAUCGUCAUUGCAUUUUUUCCCUAAAUUACAAGGCUGUGGUUAAAACCUUGCAGAAGAGAACGAGAUUAGAUCUCUAAACCCCAGAUGUGGGUCGUGGAAAACAUAGAAAUUGAUACAAGCCAAUGGAUACAAUUAAUUGCAUUUUAAGGUGAUGGUUGUAAUUGAUAUAAACUCUAGAAACACUGAAUGAGAAAGUUUAUUACUCGUUCCAGUCAUAAAUGUAGAGAAAGUCGAGGAGCU